AAAGGUUGGCAAAUACUAGGAUAAGUGGCAAACUUGGAGUAAACUUUUUGUCAAAGACUUUCACUCUGUGUACAAUUUAAGAUCAGCUUUGUCAUGAAGAAGAUGAAGGACUUGCAGUUACUGGGACAUCCAUGAAAAAAGAGAUUGAAAUGGGUAGUACACUAUGAAGUAUAGCCCAAGGUAACAUCUCUUAUAACUUAGACACAUACUAUCUGAAUUUUUCAUAGGAUUUAGAAAUAGUCUUAAUUUGAUUUACAAGUGAUACACGGAAGUUAAGAAGUUUGUAGUAGAAGAAAGGUAAAGGAAACAAUGUUUUUUGUUUUGUUUUUCUGAGACAGAGUCUUGCCCUGUCACCCAAGUUGGAGCUCAGUGAUGCAAUCUCCGCUCACUACAACUUAACGCUUCCCGGGUUCAAGCAAUUCUCCUGCCUCAGCUGCCCAAGUAGCUGGCAUUACAGGCCUCCAACACCACGCCCAACUAAUUUUUGUAUUUUUAGUAGAGACAGGGUUUCACCAUGUUGGCCAGGCUGUUCUCGAACUUCUGACCUCAAGUAAUCCUCCUGCUUCAGCUUCCAAAAGUGCUGGGAUUACAGGCGUGAGCCACCCCACUCCACCGGAAACAGUGUUAAGAUAAUUCUGUAUUGAUGUUUUUGGGCAAAUCCCUCCUCCCUCUCUUCUUCUCUCACAGAAUCUUCUUCCUAGCCUCAUAAGUAUGGAGGUAGACAUGAGCUACCCUUUAUUGUGUGCUUGGCGCUAUAUAUAUUCCUGCAUAUUCUUAUGGCCUCUUGAAGUAAGUAUAAUUAUACCUUUAAGGAGGAAACAGGGUCUUCAAGCUCACACAGAUAAGUGGUGGCAGUAGAACUGAAACCUAGAUCUCUGUGACAAAAUUCCAUGGUUUGCAAUCAUGCCCUUUUCAAGGCACGAUUCAAGUUUCAAGCUCUUUUCCUCCACGUGGGUCCAUUUCUAUGGACUUUUGCAGGAUGCUUUACCACUAUGAGCCUUGAGUUUUUCAGUAAGAUCAGGUUAUCAGUAUCUACAGUCAGAAUUGCUAUAAGGGUGAACUCAGAUAAAGGUCUGUUUAAAGUACUUAGCACAGAACCUCGUAGAGAGUUGUCCUUCAGUGAACAAUCACUAUUAUUACUCUGUCACUGUUGUUGUUAUUACUGCUGUUGAGAUUAUGAUGUCAGGCUUUCCAGACAGUUGUCUGGUAAGUUCCGUUCAAUUGUCCUACAUGAAUUAAAGUCCUACUAUGAGCAGGUUACUACUACUAAACUGUAGCUCCUCAUGAGAUGUUUAUCUGGAAGUAAGUGAAAAUAAUGUGAGUGAAGUUGUAUUGCGUUAAAGACAACACCAGGGAAGCUCUUCAGACUUGAAGAUAAGACCUUAGUAUUUAAACUUGUAUAUUUGCAGAAAGUUAGGCACAAAAUUGCACUAGAGACUUUUUUAACUAAAUUAAACCAAAUAUCAUCAGAUGCCUGUGUGUACAAAGCCAUAAUAAACCUGGAAAUAUCCCUGGGGAGGCAAGAGCUCCUAGCAUUUCAGAACAGGCUGAUUUGAUCAUCAUUUAGAGAGCUCUUCCAUACCUUUGGGCUGCUUUCUUUUCCUAUGGCUGCAGCACAUUUUAAUGGAAAACAAGCCCAUAGGUAUCUCAUUUGAGGGGCCGGGGUGUUUGUGUGCUUUGUCUUCCCACAGUAAGAAAUUGCAUCCUUCCCCAUGGGCUCUGAUUUUCUCUAAUGUAAAGAUGUCAUUGUUACUGUAGAUAAAAGCAACACACUGUCAGAAUCACAGAGAGCUAAGAGGUUGGAGUUUACCUAGGUCCCAUUUCCAUUGUAUUUGAAGAUAGACGUUUGAUAAGUUUUCACAGAUCUUUUGAGAGCACAUAAUAUAUAUAAUUUUGCUACACAUGUUGUUCUGCCACACCCAGAUGCAAACUUCUAAAGGCACUGCAGAGUACAUCCUGCCACCAGCUGAGAAAGAGAAAAAGAGAAGUAUGGAAGAAGGGAGAUAAUUCUUGCCUGUUAAAAAAAUGAGUUUACUUUCCUAAUAAAAUAAAUCUAAAAUUGGCCAUUGUCAUCGUGUGAUGUUAACAACCAGCUCUUUUGGCAAGUUUGAAAAUACUGGGCUCCAUUAUAAAAGCUAAAAAUGUCCUGGACCUGGAGUUGUUUACCCAGAGCAUGAGCUGCUCUAAAGUUACAGAGCUCUGGUUGGAAGAGGUGGCUUGAAGGCCGCCUCCAAGUAACUGACGUCACAGUAGUCUCAGCUGCUGCUGUGACACUAAGCUGAGCAGCUUUUUGACUCGUAAAAGUGGUGAAGGUUUCAAAGGGACUUGUCAGUACUGCUCUGUGGAAUGGUUGGACUUAUUUUGCAUCCUCUUUUCUUGUAAAGAAUUGAGAUUCACCGAGCUGAGACUUUUCUCUUUAAGACAGCUAGUCCUCCACUCUACUUUCUUCCAUUGCUAGAUUGACCAGUGGUCUAGCAUCCAUAGGAUUUCUCCCCAGUGCAAACAGGCUUUAUUUUAAAGGCAAGUGAGACUGCUUCAAAUAAAACAACUUCAAGCUUCCAAGAAACAGUUAAGAGGAGGCAGAGAGGAGCAGAAACACUUCUUUGCCGACACUGACACUGUUGCCAUGGACCUACAUAAGCAGUGGGAGAACACAGAGACUAAGUGGCAUAAGGAAAAGAUGGAAUUACUGGACCAGUUUGACAACGAAAGAAAGGAAUGGGAAAGUCAAUGGAAGAUUAUGCAGAAGAAAAUAGAAGAGCUUUGCCAGGAAGUAAAGCUUCGGAGGAAAAUCAAUAUGAAUGAACGUGCUAAGAUCAUUGAUCUUUACCAUGAGAAGACCAUUCCAGACAAAAUAGUAGAAUCUUCCCCAAAUUACCCUGAUGUAGGACAAUGUGAAUUUACAAGGAUGAAUCUCAAAGAUGGUCUGAGAAAUGAAAAUAAAACAGAACAGAGCUUAGUCAGUGGAGGAAAUCAAAUGUGUAAGGAACAAAAAGCAACAAAAAAAUCAAAAGUAGGGUUUUUGGAUCCUCUGGCUACAGACACCCAAAAAGAAUGUGAGGCCUGGCCUGACCUGAGUACUUCUGAGGAAGAGAACAAGAGCUGUUCUGGCGCCCUCAAUACAGCUCUUGAAGAACUUGUGAAGGUUAGUGAAGAACUGUGCAGCUUUCAAGAGGAAAUUCAAAAGCGGUCUAACCAUAGAAGGAUGAAGUCAGAUUCUUUUCUACAGGAAAUGCCAAAUGUAACUAAUAUACCUCAUGGGGACCCCAUGAUCAACAAUGACCAGUGCAUUCUUCCAAUCAGUUUAGAAAAAGAAAAACAGAAAAAUAGAAUGAAUCGGAACUGUACCAAUGUGCUCCAGAGCAAUUCUAUGAAAAAAUGUGGAACUGAUACAAUCGAUUUGAAAAGAAAUGAAACUCCGCCAGUUCCUCCUCCAAGAAGUACCUCUCGAAAUUUUCCCAGCUCGGAUUCUCAACAAGCCUAUGAAAGAUGGAAGGAAAGGUUAGACCACAACAGCUGGGUGCCCCAUGAGGGUCAAAGUGAAAGGAAUUACAACCCUCACUUCCCUUUGAGACAGCAUGAGAUGUCUAUGUUGUAUCCAAAUGAAGGGAAAACUUUGAAAGAUGGUAUCAUCUUUUCCUCUUUGGUACCAGAAGUCAAAAUAGAUAGCAAGCCUCCAAGUAAUGAAGAUGUUGGGCUUAGCAUGUGGUCAUCUGACAUUGGGAUAGGUGCAAAAAGGAGCCCCUCUACUUUGUGGUUUCAGAAAACCUGCUCUAUCCCCAAUAUUCCAAAAUAUGAAAUGGUGAUCCCAGAUUGCCCUGCUAAAUCUCAUCCCGAUCUUCAUGUAAGUAAUGACUGUAGCUCUUCAGUGGCAGAGAGCAGUAACCCACUUAGAAAUUUCAGUUGUGGCUUUGAAAGGGCUAUAAGGAAUGAAAAGCUGGCAGCAAAGACUGAUGAAUUUAACAGGACUGUAUUUAGAACGGAUAGAAAUUGUCAGGCAAUACAGCAAAAUCAAAGCUGCUCCAAAUCAUCGGAGGAUCCCAAGCCUUGUGAUACCUCAUCUACUCACACAGGUAGCAUAUCAGAAAGUAACAAGGUGUCUGGUAUUUGGAAAACCAGUGCCCACAUGCCUGUGCCCAUGGAAAAUGUGCCUGAUAAUCCCACCAAGAAAUACACAACAGACCUAGUCAGACAAAUGCAGGGACACCUAAGUCCUCGCAGUUAUCGUAAUAUGCUCCACGAGCAUGACUGGAGACCAAGUAAUUUGUCUGGCCGCCCGAGGUCAGCUGAUCCCAGGUCAAAUUAUGGUGUUGUGGAAAAGCUGCUGAAAACUUACGAAACAGCAACAGAGUCAACAUUGGAAACUUCUAAGUGCUUCCGGGAUAAUGGGACCAAAUGUAAUUCUGAUGUCAGUGGUGGUGCCACAUUAAGUCAGCAUUUAGAAAUGCUCCAAAUGGAACAAGAGUUUCAGCAAAAGACAGCUGUGUGGGGGAGACAGGAAGUGAAGCAAGGAAUAGAUCGGAAAAAGAUAACAGAGGAAUCCAUGUCAGUGAAUGCCACAAAUGGAAAAGGAUUUUCCCGACCUGCUAGACCAGCAAAUCGCCGUCUCCCCUCCAGGUGGGCAUCCAGAUCUCCAUCUGCACCCCCUGCCGUGCGGAGAACUACCCGCAACUAUACCAUUUCUCUGCGAUCCGAAGCAUCGAUGGUUUAAGUCUUUGGCCUGGAUUGCUAUGUUACAGAGGUUCUAGUCCCACUUGUCAAAUAGAGCAUUCUGAGUGUUUAUAGGCAGUCCUGUUCUCUUCCGACAAGCAAUUCAAAUCCUAACUUUCCAUCAGUCUUCAGUGUUUUUAAUCUAAGGAAUAAUUAUCUUCCUGUAUUUUGAUUUCUUAGAUCAGAAUUUUUUUAUGCCAUUCUCAUUAAUUUUCCAAUAUGAUAUAAGUUGAAACACUGUAUAAUAUUGUAUAUUCUUUCUUGCAAGUGGCAGAAAGCGAGGUUAUGUGCAUGGCCCUGUGUUUGUAGGUGCAUGUGUUGAAAUAGGAAGUAUCCUAGUAUGUAUUUAGAUAUGAAAAACUUAUGUGCUACUGUUGACUUUGAAAUUAUAACAUGUAUACCUAUAUAUUCUUUGUGUUUAUUUCAAAGUUUUGAAAAUAUACAAUACUGUUUAUAUUUUGUAUACCUUUUAAUAGGUAUGCACUUAAGGCAUUUGCAGUACGGAUAUUAAUUAACCACUUCCUUGGCCCCCAGCUACAUUGAAAAAGAAGAAUUAUGCACACAUCUAACAUUGGUAGAUUUCUAAAGAUAACUCAUAAAUAAUUUCUUAACCCAUUUAAGGAUAAAAUAAUACCACUGAUUUCCUUGUUUAUUCUUUUUAAAUAAAAAUGUCACAAGUUUAAUAGAUCAGCUGUCUAAAGCAAGCAUAAAAUGUUCAUAAAUGUUUUAUGUAUUAUUUGGUAGUCUAGUAUGUCUUUAACUGCAUAUUUAAUCCUCAGAGCCAGUAUUAUGAGACUGCAUUAUAAAUGACAUGACUAAAUAAUGAAUUUAUCAGCCUCAGUAACAAACAUUUCCUAAAUAGAAUGCAAAAAGAAAUUAAAUGAUGUCGAAUUUUAGUUGUUCUUAAAAUUGUGGUAAGCUUUUAGUUUAGCUGCUUUACAUGGAAUUAUACAUACUUAGAGGUAAGUCAUUUAUUAUUUUUUUCUUUUUCUAACCUUUUUCUUAAAAUUAAUAGAUAACAAACUAAUUUACUAUUUUGCUAACAAGGAAGAUCAGGAAUAAUAUUUCAUUGAGAGCUGAAUUAUACUUCUUAUAGUGUGCUACAAAAACAAAAGGUUUAAACUAAACCUUGACACCCACAGUAGCAUCAGGAAUAGAAAUGCAUAUUUUGGCUAUAAUUUGCAUACAAUGAACACAUAAAAUCUAUAUUGAAACUGACAGAAAUAUGAAUGUUAAGGGGCUUGGAAUUCUAAAUGGAAGAUUUUAGAAGGAAAUUUGCUCUCUAUUGUCUCUAUAUAAAACCAAUUAUGUUAUGUUAUUAGCUAUUAAUUCUACUUAAGCUUUUCUUUUACUAAGAAAAUUCUUAUGCCAAACAUAUUACAAGAGUCAUCUCCUUAUGAUGUAUUCGAAGCAUUUAGAGAAAUUUACUUCAUUUUACACCAUGACCUGAGAUAAAGAAAAUAAUUUUCAAGUUGUAGACUUCCUUGAAAGGCUUAAGAUGGUAGCAUGGUGAUGUUUAGAUUCAUACUUUACAGUUUCAGGAGUUAAGUGCAAUUAAACUUAUAGAAUGAUUUGGAUCAGAUGAUAACUAAGGUCUAUAAAUCUACUCUUUUAAUUCUUAUUUCCUUCAGGAAGAUCCUUUUCCAUAGGAAGCUAUCAAAGAAAACGGUCACCAAGUAAUAUCACUCUCAUAAUAUGCUUUCCAGCUAGAGGGGAGGAAACACCAGAAAAGUAGAACCUUGGGUCAUAAAAUGAUGGACCUGUUAGGAAAAUGCUGUUGAGUGACAAUGAAGAGCCUGCCCAAGGACUGUGCAACUGAUAUGUUCCUCCAUCACGGUAUCCCAAGUAGGCUGGUAUGAUCUGUGCUUCCUUCAAAUAUUGAGGAUCUCCUUUAAAAAAUGAAAUUUCUGAUCUCACCCUGUAAUCACUAAAGCAAAAUUUCCAUGGGUAGGGACUGGGACUCUCUGGAGCCUUUAAUAAAACAAAAAAGCAAAAUAUUGAUGAUCAGGUAGAUUUGAAAACAGUGACAUUGAUUGAUCUCUGAAUGGAUGGAUACCCUGGGGUGGUCACUUUUUUAUUCCUAGGACUUGCCUUUGUUAUCUGUAAAUUAGAAUGGCUACACUUUCAGGCUUUACAAUUUUAAGCCAGUUUUUUCUAUUAACAGUUCAAUGAACCAAUGGGACACAUUUUAACACCUUUUUAUGUUGACAAAUUAGAGUUGAGAAAAAUAAACUAGCAUCUAGCCCAACCCCUUAACUGUAAAAUUGAAAAUUUAAGAUUAUUUGAAUGUUCUGUUUUCUCUUUUUAAAUAUUUUAUAAUUCUUAAAUGGAAAAGCCUAUUAGGUAAAUGGAAAUAAUCCUUGAAAAUAUUUUUUGAUGUUUUGUGAUUUUUUACUGGUAAAUUUCUACUUUAGGUGGGCAUUUUCUUCCCAACAAUAUACUCUUUAUUAUGCUAUCAUUGCUAGAUUUAAAGGGACUUGUAAGCAUUUCUGGAAAUAUUUGAUUUAAAAACAUAUAUUAAUAGAUGUUUUCCCUAGCAGACUUUUGGAGCAAAAAUAUUAUUAUAGUUCAGCAAAGGAUUACUGAUAUAAUGAGCUGAUCUCAAAAAGGAAUAAGAAUGAGGCAGAGAAGAGUACUUGAGUUUCUGUGUGAGUGUGUGUGUGUGUGUGUGUGUGUGUGUGAUAUAAGUUCUCCAUAUUGCCUUAUGUCCCAAAGCCAAAUAUAAAAAUAUAAAUGAUGCUUUGUAUAAUUCAUUUUAUCAAAAAUUACCCAUAACUUUCAUUUGUUUUUAUAUAGACAAUGAAGAUGAUCAUAUUUCAUUUUGCAGAUGUGGCCAUAAAAUAUUAUUUACUACUAACUACAUAGGUGAUUUUACCAGGUUUAGUUAUCCUGAGAAAACAUCUGGACUUAAAAGAGUUUCUGCUUCCCUACAAAGAUCUUUAAAAUUAUUUUUAGACAAAUUUAUGAUAAACAACUGCUUGAUAUUGAAAUCUCCUUCAGCUGUUAGCAGCUAUCAUAUAAAGUAGGCAUAAAAAACAACUGUGUGUGGCAUUUGUAUACAUUGAGAACAUUUUUCUUUCCCUCCUUUUCUUCAGUGAACUCCAGAAAGUUGAGUAUCUUAUGAAAUCUAAAUUCAGAUAUGUACACUGUUCACUCUGGCCUCUUCCAAAAUAUCUCUAGAUAGUAGAAUUGAAGCCAAACCUUCCUGACUUCCUGCUCCUGGCCACACUAAACUCUGUAUGGCUUCUCAUACACUGACAUCCUCUCUGUACCCAUUUAACUGCUAAUUGAGUCUGAUAAAAGUCUUCUUUGAAAAAAGUUUUCACUUUUAAGAUUUGCAUUUACAUCAUAAAAUUAAAUCACUUUCAGGAAAAUCACAUUUUUAUUAUAGUACUAUUUGCUUUAAAUUCUGCAUGUUUUUCCUAAGUAGCAAAUACAUAUUAUCAGAACUUACAACUAUGACUUGUUCAUCUUACCCUGAAAAUAUGUUCCUACAAAAAAAAAUGUGCUUUGCACAUCAAAAACAAAAAUUGGGGAUGAGGGGUUCUACAGACAAGUACCAAAGAUGAUUUCUCAUCAUGUUUACUGUAUGCAUAUUCAUCAUAGAAAAUAAUUUUUUGUUUUAGUGGGAAUAAAAUCAUGAUACUUAAAAUCUGUACACAUUUAAAUGAUCGUAUUAAUCCAAUAGAUUAAAUUAAAAAUUCCUAGGAAAAAUUCUGUUUAUAUGAAGCUAUGGAGAAAUCUAGAAAUUAGGGAAGGGUCUAGAUUUUGAAAGACCUAGGAACUCAGAACAAGUUCAUUUAGAGGUGGGAAACCAGAGAUUCAAAGAGGUCUGCAUGGCUGCCAAGGUUACAGGGACAAAAUCUAAGCCUGGACUCACUCAUGUUCUGCUCUCCUGUAUAAACGUCCUGUGUGCAUCUGUGACUUUAUUGUUUGCAAAGCACAUUCAUAUUCCUGACUUUUCUGCUUCUUACAAUAAAUUUCAAGGCAGGCAUAGUGAUUUCUAAGUAGGAAGGAAAAGUUAAGUAGUUAAGAUAAUAAUUUGUAUAAAUAUUUUCCAAGAUGAGAGUUAAAUAGAUGACUCUUCAGACUCCUAGCUCAGGCUCUUUUCCCAGCCUUCUUCUCCCAAGGAAGAGAAAAGAAAAAAAAAAGGUUGAACAGCUCUUUUUCAUUUCUGUCUUGUUGCAUUUUAUACAUGACACUGAAAUUAUUUAUCCUUGCUCUCAUUGAGAGUUUCUGUUCAUUCUUUCAGUGAUCAUCAAAAGUCAUCACCCUGACUUAAAUGGUGUUAUCAAAUUCAAGAAGUUGUGAACAAAAUAUUUCCACUUUUAAUGCCUUUACCCUGAUUGCAUAUAAAUUUUGUAUGUAGGACAUGAGGUUGAAGUAAACCCAACAAAUAGCCAAGCAGUCUUCAUCUAUAGCAUCAACUGAAUCCUGACUUCAGUCUUCAAAAAAAUGGGAGAAUAGUUUCACACUUUGUAAGUUUUAUAUACUCCAGAAUAAAUAAGAGCAGUUUGCUUGAAAUAUUGGUUCAUUUGUGCUGCUAUAACAAAACACCAAGACUGGGUGAUUUAUAAAGAAUAGACAUUUAUUUCUCUACAGUUCUGCAGGCUGGGAAGUCCAAGAUAUAUCUGCAAGCAGGUUCAGUAUCUGGUGAGGGCUGCUGUGUGGUUUCAAGGUGGUCCUCAUUGCUGUGUCUUCACAUGGCAGAAGGGGCCAACACUAUUCCCACAUGGAGAAACAGCAGAAUAGCAAGAAGCAGCUGAAUGCUGUGUGAAGCUUCUUUUAUAAGGGCCUUAAAUCCUGUUCAUGAGGGAGGAGCUUUUAUAAUCUAAUCACCUCCUAAAGGCCCUACCUCUUAAUAUUGGAGAUUAACUUUCAACAUGAAUUUUGGAGGGACAUAUUCAAACCAUAGCAAGCAUACAGUAAUUUCCAAUAUAUAUCUCACUCGAAAUUACAGUCACAUGCUACACAAAACCAGUUCAAUGCACAUAUGUGAUGAUAAGAUUAUAAUACAAUAUUUUUGCUAUGCCUUUUCUAUGUUUACAUAUACAGAUACCUAACAUUGUGUUAUAAUUGCCUUCAGUAUUCAGUACUGGUACAGGUUUGUAGCCUAGGAGCAACAGACUAUACCAUCAACCCCAGGUGUGUAGUGGGCUACACCAUCUAGGUUUGUGGAAGUACACUCCGUGAUGUUUGCUCAAUGAUGAAAUUGCCUGAGGGCACUUUUCUCAGAACAUGUCCCUGUUGUUAAGCCAUGUGACUGUAAUUGUGCUCUGCUGCCAGUUUCUUUUUGAAGCUUUAUUUUUCAAUUACUUACUCAUGGCAAUUUUAUAAGAAUCAUUAAACAAAUUUAAUCCAGCUAUUUGGGAUCUGCAGAUUUUUUCUUACAUAAUGCUGAUUAAUCUCAAAAUCGAAUUGUCUAACCUGAACUAUAUAUUUGUUUAUUUCAAUGUUCUUAAAAGUUUCUGUUUAAAGUUAACCCAGUAAAGAGUUUUUGUGAGUUAAUGAUAA